AUGUCCUCCUCUGACGAGGAGGCUGUCCGCCGCCCCGGCCGCAACACCGGCCACCAAAGUCCCGACGCGAGUGAUGCUGGCAUUGACUCCGGUGCUGAGAACAAUGGCGCUGGUAGUAAUUUGAUGGAUGAGGAUGAUGACGCGGAUCUGUUCGGGUCCGAUGGCUCAGAGGGUGGAUUUGACGAUACUGAUCGACCCCACCGUACCCUGGAUGACGAGCGUCUCGACUCGGGAGAUGAUGAAGACCGCUAUGACCGACGUGAUGACCGGAUGGACGAGGCGCCUGACGGAGAAACCGAGAGUGUCACCAUUGCGGAAAUGACCAUUGCGCGCGCGCCAGUGCCAGCAACUACUGACGGCGAGGUCUACACAAUGCGCGUACCUGACUUCCUCUCUAUCGAAGCAGAAGAGUUCAACCUCGAGACAUACGUUGCGCCUCCGUAUUCCACCGCCGCGACAUCACUCUGCUGGCGCAAAGACCCAGCCGACGAAGACCAGCUGCAGUCAAAUGCACGCUUGGUCAAGUGGGAGGAUGGCUCGAUCACACUCCAACUGGCCUCCGCACCUCUUGAGCAAUACCGCAUUUCGUCCAAACCUCUUGCGCCUCUCUCCAAGUCUGGCGAGUACUCCACAAAGCUGGACUCGCACGUUUACCUCGGGGCUGGCUUGGAACAGGCCGAGCUCUUCCGACUGACGUCGCACGUCACAUACGGUCUUACUGUCCAGCCAACGGCCCUGGAAUCAGACGAUGCCGUGCAAAGGCUGCAGGAGUCCCUGGCCGCCGCCGCUCGCGGCAACAAACAGACUGCCGACGGCUCAGCGCCUCUCAUCGAUCUUAAGGAGGAUCCCGAACUUGCUUCACGCAAGGCAGAGCUCAUGGAAAAGGAGGCCAUGCGCGCGGAGCGCCGCCGCCAGCAGCUGGCUGAUCGCGAGGCAGACCGCACCCGCCGUGUGGGUGCGCCCCGUCCUCAUAUGGCCAACGGUCUCAGCGUUGGCGGUCUGGAGGAUGAUGGUCUUCGUACAACCCGUCCUCGCGCCAAACCCCGCCGCACCAACCGCCGCGGCGAAAUCAUGACAGACGAGGAGUCUGACUAUGGCCGUGGCCGCACUCGCGAAGACGAAUAUGACGAGGACGACGGCUUCUUGGUCGGCAGUGAUGAGGAUAUCGAAGAGGAAGCUGACGAUGAUGAUGAGGAGGUGCUCGAGGACGAGGAUAUGGAUGCCGAAGGAGAGGUAGACGAUGAAGUUGCUCCCUCCAAGCCAGCCCGGAAGGAGGAGGCGCCGCGAGAGGCAACACCGCCAGCCCGGAAGAAGAACCGCUACGUGGUUGAUGAUGAUGACGAGGAUGAGUGA